CUUUCCUCUUGGAUUAGCACGUAGUUCGACUGGAGGUGGUGGCUGAGAGAGUUAGUAUGCGAGAACUAUUUGAAUAAAUGGAGUCUUUUAAAAGGAAGUUAUAUCAGCGCUUGCUGUUUUUUGCGUUUUUUCUUCCAAUCUCAGGUGUUUUGUGUUUUAGUGAGUUGUUUUUUAUCAAAGAGCCCCACGAUGUUACUGUAAUGCGGAAGGAUCCCAUUAUAUUGGACUGUCAGGCGCACGGAGAGUCACCUAUUUCCAUCAGGUGGCUUAAAAAUGGAGUAAAAGUUGCAGAGAACGACCGCGUCUACAUUCUCUCCAACGGCUCCCUUUCUAUUCCGGAGGUGGAGAGCAGGAGAGGAGACAAAUCAGAUGAAGGGUUUUACCAGUGCCUCGCUCAGAACAAGUAUGGAGCCAUCCUGAGCCAGAAAGUCUGUCUUACAAUUGCAAGUAUCUCCCCCUUUACAUAUCAGCCAACUUCCAUUGUGGUGACAGAAGGAUCAGUCACCCGUUUCACCUGCAAAGUCACUGCAAGCCCUCCACCCAUCAUCACCUGGGAGUUUAAUCGGGUCACAUUACCGCUGGCAACUAAUAGAAUCACAGUCCUGCCCAGCGGCGUUUUGCAGAUCCAUGGGGUGGAAAAAGGGGAUGCUGGGAACUAUCGUUGUGUGGCGACCAACAUCGCCAAUCGUCGCCGGAGUACAGAGGCAACCCUCACUGUCACUCCAGCUCCAAGCCCCAAACUGCCUCAGAGGCCUCGUAUCAUCGCCGGGCCCCAGAAUGCCACUGUGUCCCUGCACCAAAGUGCCAUCCUGGAAUGCAUGGCUACAGGGAACCCCCGACCCCUCAUCUCCUGGAGCCGAGCCGACAGCAAGUCCAUCGACGUGUUCAACACCAAGGUGCUGGGCAAUGGCAACCUCAUCAUCUCUGACAUCAAACCCCAACACGGAGGAGUGUACAUGUGCAGAGCCACUACCCCUGGCACACGCAACUAUACCAUCGCCACAGCCAACAUCACUGUGCUAGCGCCUCCGUCCUUGGUGGAGUGGCCGGAGAGCCUGACCCGUCCGCGUGCGGGCACGGCCCGCUUUGUGUGCCAGGCUGAGGGGGUUCCCCUGCCCCACAUCACUUGGCUGAAGAACGGAGAGAAGGUCCAGUCCAACGGACGCAUCAAGAUGUACAACAGUAAAUUGGUGAUCAACCAGAUCAUCCCUGAGGAUGAUGCCAUCUACCAGUGCCAGGUAGAGAAUGAGCAGGGCUCUGUGCUGUCCAUGGCCCGGCUCAUAGUGGUGAUGUCAGAGGACCGGCCCAGUGCGCCCAGGAACAUCCGGGCUGACACUGUAUCCAGCUCCGCCAUCUUGCUGGCCUGGGAGAGACCACUGUACAACUCAGACAAAGUGAUUGCCUACUCUGUGCACUACAUGAAGGCUGAAGGCUUGAACAAUGAGGAAUAUCAGGUUGUCAUUGGCAACGACACAACCCGGUACAUUAUUGAUGACCUGGAGUCAGCUCGGAACUACACCUUCUACAUCGUGGCCUACAUGCCCAUGGGAGCAAGCCGCAUGUCAGACCAUGUGUUCCAGCACACCCUGGAGGAUGUGCCCCUGCGUGCCCCAGAGAUCAGCCUCACCAGCCGCAGCCCCACAGACAUCCAGGUGUCCUGGCAUCCCCUUGCAGCCAAGCUAAGCCGAGGCCGGGUGUCGGCCUACCGCUUGUCCUAUCGUACCAGCGCUGACCAGGCCAUCACCCAGCUGGAGCUUCCUGGGGAGAAGACCCAGUAUCUCCUGGAGGGCCUGCAGCCCGACACCAUCUACCUCCUUCGAAUCGCUGCAGCCACUAGUGUGGGCUGGGGGGAACAGUCAGCCUGGACCUCCCACCGCACCCCUAAGGCAUCCAGCGCCAAAGUGCCUCUGGCCCCUGAGCUACAGUUGGAGCCUCUGAACUGCACCACCAUCAUAGUGCGCUGGCAGCUGGCACCAGGAAACUCAGUCAGCAUCCAGGGCUACAGGCUGUUCUACCACGAGGAGAGCCAGGCUGAGAGUUCCCCCAUUCAGCUGCGUGUCCAGGACAACAGGCACACCAUUGGAGGCCUAGACCCAAGGAAGAAGUACCAUGUGAAGCUCCUGGCGUUCAGUUUCAUAGGAGAUGGCUACCAGGCAGACCAGACUAUCAGCACCCCUGGAUGUGUCUCGGUCCGUGAUCGUAUGGUGCCCCCUCCGCCACCCCCUCACCACGUGUAUGCCAAGGCCAACAGCUCGUCUGCCGUGUUCCUCCACUGGGGGCGUCCAGCCUUCACCUCCAGCCAGAUCGUCAACUACACCAUCCGCUGUAACCCUGUGGGCCUUCAGAACGCCUCCCUGGUACUCUACCUGCAGACUGCUGAGAAGAACAUUCUGGUCCCGGACUUAGAGCCCAACACCAGAUAUGAGUUUGCAGUCCGCCUGCACCUUGACCAACUGUCCAGCCCCUGGAGCCCUGUGGUCUACCAGAGCACUCUGCCUGAAGCACCUACUCUGCCACCGUCAGGUGUGAAAGUGACUCUGAUCGAGGGCGACACAGCGCUGGUGUCAUGGAAACUUCCAGAUGAGCCCAACUUGGCGGUGACACGUUAUACCAUCCUCUACGCUUCCAGGAAGGCCUGGGUAGCUGGAGAGUGGAAGGUGCUGCAGAGAGAAGGGAGCAUCACCAUGGCUCUACUGGAGAACCUACAGCCGGGGAACAUCUACCUGGUCAAGGUGUCUGCGUCCAACGAUAUGGGAGACGGGCCGUUUUCACACACCGUGGAACUGGCCGUGCAGAGCGAUGGCUCCACCUCUGGUCACAACCCCAGGCGCUCCCAUGGCUCAGCUACAGUGUUCUCUGGUGGCUUCUACCACCUGGACCAGAAGUCAAUGACAGGGAUCAUUGUGGGGGUUUGCAUUGCACUGAUCUGCAUCAUCUGUGCCUUCAUCCUUGUCUGCAGAGGAAAAAACAGGAAAUCGUCAGCUACUAAAGCCAUCAGGCAGGAGGCUGGUCAGGUCCCCUCAGCUUCGGUCCACCUGGGCUCUGAGGGCCAGGCUGAGAAUCCUGAUGUCAUGGUGCCAAUGAUGAGAGCAGACCACUUCAUUGAUGCCAAGGGUGGAACAAAUUUGAUCAUCAAUAGCCUUGGACCAGUUUAUCCAAUCACUGAGAAGAAAAAUAAAUGGUUUUCCUUCAGAAAUCAGAAAAAAAUGAAUGCUAAGAAAAGCCAGAUCCAGAGGAAAAGCCAAGGAAUCUGCUCGUACCAGCCAGGAGCAACAGUGCUGUGCUACGAGGAUGAGUCUCUGCCGUCACCCAACCAGCCCACCUCCCUGCAGGUCCUGUUUGGCCCACCUGGUGACACAGAGGGCUCCUCCAACAGCGACGGCAGCCACGAGACAGGCGACUCGGGCCGUUACUCUCACGAUGACAUAGAGAUGACCAACCGCACUGCGUCUCUGAAAGAGGAGGAAAGUGGGGGGUCAGGCUGCAGUCCUGCCCAGGAGAGUGAGGGUGAGCUGGGGGAGCAGUCUCACCUCGACCUGGAGAUUGGAGAUUCCAUGGAGAAACCGUGCAACCAUCAUCACGAUCAGGCCCCAGACAAUUCCCAGCCUGCACUUUCUCUCCAGCAGUCUGUGACCUCCCAUCAAUCUCUCAACCCUAAACUCACUCCACUGUUCUAAAAGACAAUGAGCAGUUAUCCAAAAAUCCAGGUCUUUGGAAGAACUGGGCUCUGGAUUGGGUUCUGGUGAUUUUUAUCAAAGAAUCUUCUUCUAGUGAAUGUGUACUCAUUUUAUUUUUAUUCUAAAUGUUUGUAUGUAUUUGAAAGAAAUCUCACCCACCAUGAAUGUUUCAAGAGAUUGUCAAAAAUGUGAAAUGUGACUGUUACAUUUCUGACAUUAUUUAAGAGUUUAUCACUGGAGCAAAGUGUAGAGUGAGCCCUUCUUUUGCUGAUUAUCUACCUCAGUUUACCUCUCGGUAAACUCCAACUAUAUAUUUAAUGACAAUGACUUAUACCUGCGUUAUGGAAGGGGUCUCUUCCUUUAUGGAACAACUAAUGCGUCCUGAUGGCAAUUUGUUUUUACUAGGUCAGACUAGUCCCGUAUUCAUUUUCCUCCUUGUUUGUAAUGAAGUACGGGAUUGUAAGGGUACUGCAGAUCUCACUUAAAGCUUUGUCGUUUUAUAUUUAUCACAGGUUAAUUGGGCUAUUUCUCAGGUUACUUGGCUAUGGUAGAUUAAGGGCCAGUACAAUUUACUACAUAAAUUGCUGAAAUUCAGUAAUAAGCCAGUAUGACACUUUUCAGGUUAUCCAUAGUAAUAAUGGUUAAGAUUUUUUGUUGUCAAUGUGCAGUUUUCCUUGCAAUUCCUGUUUUAUACUACCUCUUUUUAAGCAUUAUUUUGUUGUUAUUAUUCUCCUGAACUCAGGGAACUAGGUUUAGUACAUUUGAAAAGCCAUGUGUAGUGUUCCAUGGUUGACUGACAGGGUAUCUUCUUAGUGCUGAGCUGUUCGUUGUAGAGGGUAGUUGCCAUAGAUCUGUUAUGAAUGUAUCUCUAGAACAUUGUCAGUUACGGUUCAGAGCCUUGUGAUGCCCCACUCACAGGUGGAAAAACCUGUUUGAAUUCAGUUGGAAUUAUGUGUCUGGGGUAUGGCAGGCUAUCUUUUUGGUUAUUUUGGGAAAGAACAUACCAAAAAUGCUUGUGUCGACGCAUUUCAAUACAGCAGACCUUAAAAGCUUUAUAAAUGGCCUUAAUGGGGAAAGAGACCCUCAGAUGUCGGAGACAAACAGAAAGGCUCCUAUACCAAAGUCCGAUCCAUCUGAGGUCCAACUCUUUGACACAUGGGGAUGGGAGAAGUGUGAAGAAGGAUUGUUGAAAACCAAAAGCGUUAAAUCAGUGC